GGGAGCGUUCAGUCAUCUCUGCUCACAAGCAAGCAAGCUAGCUAGCAGCAACACACAGUAGCAGUACCCCCAGCACAAUGUUCCGCCUCGCCCUCCGUGCCGCCGCCUCGCCUGCCCGCGCCGCCGUGCUCGCGCGCCCCGCCGUCGCCGCCCGUCCCGCGUUCCGCGCCUACUCGGCCGCGGCGCUCACCAAGGACGACAUUACUUCGCGUGUGCUCGACGUGCUCAAGUCGUUUGAGAAGGUCGACGCUGCCAAGCUCACCCCCACUUCCACGUUCACGUCCGACCUCGGUCUCGACUCGCUGGACGCCGUCGAGGUCGUCAUGGCCAUCGAGGAGGAGUUUGCCAUUGAGAUCCCCGACGCCGAGGCCGACGCCAUCAACACGGUCGACCAGGCGAUCGAGUACGUUGUCAAGGUGUGUACUGAUUUGUUGUCGACUCGCGGUCCCGAGCUCCUACUGACCCCGGCGCCUUGUCCAGACCCCCGAGGGUGA